GUACCGACCGGACCGUAUCGGUUAGUUGGUUACCGGCCACUCGAGCAAGCAAAACCUACCCAAUUUUCGUGAGCAGAAUCUGAGCGUUCCGUUGAGUGUUUGCGCCGUUUUGUUGUUCUGUUGUGUCGAGCAUCUUCUUCAUGUACAAACUGCUGGUUGGGAUUAGCUAACAUGAGGCAAAUUGAGUGGGCGCCGUUGAACGUGCCGCUGAGGCGGCGCCUCGAAACGCUGAGUGCCUUCUGCAUUAUGAGUUUGUUUUUGUUCGGCGAACUCUGGCUACUGUUCUAUUAUUUGUAUUUAUUGGUAUUCGGUGGCCUUCUAGCAAAAACAUUCUGUGUGAUAUAUGGUAUUUUCGUCUAUUUUGACCGGGACGCCGGAUCCAACUGUGGACGUGGUCAGGGACUAAAAUGGUUCCGCAAUAUAUGGCUGGUGCGGUUGUUCCAGUCUUAUUUCCCAGCCAAGCUCCACAAAACGGUGGAUCUUCCGGCGGACCGAAACUACAUUUUCGCCGCUUUCCCGCACGGAGUACUAAGCACCGGAUGCUUUCUCAGUUUCGCCACCGACACGACCGGUUUCAGCCAGAAAUUCCCGGCCAUUCGUUCCCGCAUCGUCACGCUCAAUUUCCACCUGCUGGUUCCGUUCUUUCGCGAGCUAGUCCUUAGCUGGGGUGCCGUCUCGUGCUCCGAGCAGAGCAUUACCAAUUUGCUGCAGGCUUCGACCGAUCCGAGCGAUGCCAGCAAUUCCGAUGGGUACACUUCCAAUGCCGUAGUUAUCAUCGUCGGUGGAGCUGCCGAAUCGCUCAACUGUAGACCCAACAACUAUCAGCUAGUGUUGAAGAAGCGCAAAGGUUUCUGCAGGAUCGCACUGCAAACGGGUACACCGAUCGUUCCGGUUAUCAAUUUCGGCGAACUGGACCUGUACGAUCAACCGGCUAAUCCGCCGGGGUCGCGUCUGCGGCGCUUUCAGGAGUGGGUUAAAGCUACUACGGGAAUUGCCCCGGCUGCUCUGAUUGGACGAGGUUUCUUCCAGUAUACCAUUGGUGUCAUACCUAGACGGAAGCCAAUCAACACAGUUGUUGGUGCACCGGUUCAAGUGACAAAACUAGUGAACCCAUCCAAGGAAGAUGUUGAAUGUUUACAUGAAAAAUUUUGUGCAGCACUGGAGGAUUUGUUCGAAACUCAUAAAAGCAAAUAUAUUGAAAAUUUCGAUAAUGUUCGUCUGGUUUUAGAAUAAGCAAUUAGUUAAUCAUCACAUAAGACAGUGUUAUGUAUAGUUGAUAUACACUCGUGUUAACAUUAUUCAUUAAUUUUCAUAAAAAAAUGCACAAGAUAAAUAAUUUCAUUGGGUUACUGUUGUAAACAAUUAAAUUAAACUGCAUUGUGUUUCUUUGAACUAUUAUUAGAGUUAUUUUAGAUUAACUAGCUUAAGCAAUGAGGUGGUGAACUGUUCCAACUGAUCCUUACUGCCAUAUUUAUAGCAUAUCACGGCGAUGGCUGCAGCUGUUGUAACUGAUGAGAAGUACAAAACGCGCGUUAAAAUCUGAAAAAUAAAAAAUAAAUUGAUAAUAUUGAAAUACUAA